AUGCGCUUCUUCACCACUGUCGUUGCCCUGGCUGUCGCCGCAACCGUCUCUGCACAAAAUUCGACCAGCAAUGGCGCUGCAUCUUCGACCACAACUUCGUUGACUCCACAACAGACCUGCUUAGCAGCUUGCGCUACAAGCGACACGUGCUGCAGAGCAGCUUGUGUUGGUGUACCCUGCCCAUCUGACCUGCAGGCAAACCAAACCACGGAAUGCGCCGCUCGAUGCUACCAAGGAAAUGGUACACAAGAGGAAACCGAGGCCUACGCUCAAUGCCAGUCCAGCUGUGUGAGCUCAUAUUUCUUGACAAGCACCAACGCUGCUGCUGCUUCCACAUCCCGAGCUGCUUCGUCUGCUUCCGCCACUGGCGCUUCCGGAUCCUCCAGUGGCUCUGCGACUGCCAGACAGACUACCUCUUCCGCCUCUGGUAGCUCUUCGACUUCUACUGCCAACGCUGCAGUCAGCACUCGUGCUGUUGUAGCUGGAGCUGGACUUUUUGGCUUGAUCAUUGCUGGUCUUGCUUUGUAA